UGGACGUUCUGGGGAUGUAAAUCUAAAUUUUAUAGCCGUUCACUUCUUGAAAUUUUCCGGAGUUAGCGGGAGCCACGUAUAAAAUAAAUCAUUAUAGCGAAACGCUAAAGCAAGCACGGUAAUAACAAUUUUAUACUCUGACAAGGUUACCCAUAUAUCUUGUUUAAAGGACCAUCAAAGAACUUGUUUUUAAUUUUAUGUCUGUAUCGGUUCUGUACUUGGUUUAUUUGCAUUACUGCAAUUGCACUGAGCGCGUCGCGUCGGCUUGUGUGUCGGACUAAAAACGUUUACACGACCUGAUCGUAAUUUUACUUUGAUUAAAGUGCUACGAUGGUUUUGCGGAAGAGAAACGUCGAAGAAAAAACAACACUAUCGAGGGACGCUCCGUUAUGACACGUAAUAAAGUUUAGUGCCAAAAGUAAUUUUGAAGUAAUGUAAAAAAAGUGCGUCGGUGUAAAAAUGGGUCAACAUCCUUCCAAGGAUAAGUUAUCCUAUCCACCAACUAUUGGCAAAGUGUCAAGCAGAGAAAGGUUUGGCAGUUUUGCGAAAAGAGGUUCGGCGAAGAAAAGAUCGGAGGUGGUUCGAGUAACUCAAGUUUUAACAGCCUCUAAACUUUCACCAAGAAGUGUUCAUCAAAAUACCCUUGCAGAAAAUAAGAAGAACGUUGCCAAACUUUCAAACGAUGUCAAAACGCCACCUCGAAAAAUUCUGUUCACGCAGAAAGACAAGAAGCCCACAUCCACUGUAUCAACAAAAGGUAAGUGUAUCAAAUCAUGAUGUAAAUGUGGGAGUUUUUCUCAAUAUCACUUACAAACCAGGUGAAGUACAAAUAUCAAUUAGGCACAUAAAAGGUUUAAUUAAAGCAAUCC